AUUUGAACAGUGAGUGCAAAAGCAAAACAAGCCUGCUACAACAAGGACUCCGUGCAGUUGGACUACUCAGAGAUUAUUACAUUGCCAGAAACCUAUAAAAGCCUGGAUAUUUUUUUUUCCUGAAGAGUGCCCACCUUCCUUUUCAACAUGUCAACAAAAGACCUGCCAUCUGACAAGAUUUAUGCCAAAGCAUUGUCCAAGACGCUCACUCAUGUUGCCUCUCCCCUGACUGUGGGCCUAUACUCAUCGUGCAACAGUCGCAUCAACAUGGUUCUUAGAAACAUAGAGGUUGAAAUGGAGCAAGAGACCAAGAGAAGAGAGAGGAAGUCUCCUGGCAGAUCAAAGCCUCGCCCUGUCCAGCCUUCUCUUUGCAGCACUCUGGCUCUCAUCUCGCGGCUGCUCUUCUAUCGACCUGUGUGGACGGAGGACAACCAACAUCAGAAGAACGUCCGCUUUGUGUUCGUGAGGUUCAGCGCCUGGCACUUUGCUGGCAGUGACCUGCUCUGGGCGGGAUUGGUGAUGCGUCUGUGCGUGGUGCUGCAACAGAAGUUCGGCAAACUCCAGCUGGGCCUCUACCGCAUGUGUCAGCAUGACGAGGAGACAGCCGAACACAAGAAAACGAUCGAGGACGGAAUAGCGAACUGGAGGUCCAAGAAGAUCUGCUGCUUCCCUUUGUGGCUAGUCCUUGCCCUCAUUGUCACUGGAGCAGUGGUCAUCUUGGCUCUGCUCAUUAUGUUCGGCUUCCCUAAACCAGAGGUGGAGGAAGAUGGGAAUCCAGAAGUUGAGGAGAACGAUGGGUUUGGAGUGUUAGAAGGGUUUGCCAUUGCAACUCUUGGGCUCCCAGCGGCUGGUGCGGUUCGAUUCACCUUCAUGUUGGGGAAAAACCUGGCGUUCAACCAAGACUUCAACAUCCGAAGUAGCAUGGACAACCAGAAAGUGAGUGAGAAACUGGGCUUCAUGAAUGAAGUGCGGAAGGAAAUGAAGCUGCUGUCUCGCUUCAUCCAUUUCAUGGAGGUCUUUGAGAGGAGGAGGAUUCGAGUCGUGCUGGAAAUCACCAACCUUGACCGCUGCACGCCGAAGAAAAUCGUGGGCGUCCUGGAUGCCAUCAACAUCUUGCUGUCUGAUGAGGAGAGCCCCUUCAUCUCUCUUCUGGCAGUGGAUCCUGAAGUUCUUGUCGAACAGGUGGACAACGCUGAGUGUUGUUAUAACCAAAAAGAAGCUUUCGGUUUCCUGGAUCGCAUCAUCACACUUCCAUUUACAGUGCCUCCGCUCUGUGACAAAUCAAAGCGCAACGUGUUCUUGAACAUUGUGCGUGGACAAUCAGAAAUCCCAGAAGUAUCUCCUCAGAAAGAUGAUCACAUGCCUUUGGGGAGCACAAAAAGCUCUGUGUGUGUUGAGGAUGAAUCUUCACUGAAUGGCAAAAGGCUCCUUGAGGAAACCUCUGUACCAUUACUUGCUCAAACAAACAAAACUGAAGAUCUGAAGGACGAUGAGGUGGAGCGGAUGGUUCAAGAGGCUUUCCAGACUGUUCACCAGCCCACAAGUCUCUUGCAUGUGUACCUCUCUGGUAAUACCAUGUCCAUGAGAAGGAUCAUCAACUCCAUCCGUGUGACUGUCGUCAUUAUGGAGGAGCUCCCCCACUUCCAGUGUCAACCAGCCGAGAAGGUAGCAGCCUGGGUGGUCUUGGCCGACCGCUGGCCCUGUCGCCUGAGCUGGAUUCUCCAGUGCAUUGAGGACACUCAGCAGAGAAAAGCGAUCAAUCAAGAAGUGGCCAUGAACAGCUCCAUGGAGCUCUGGGAUGUCUUCAUGAAGCAUCGCCUUGAGCUACAUCUCAUGAAAGAAGAGGUGGAGGAUUUUCUAGAAAGAGAUGGUGACCCAGAGCUUUUCGAGAAGUUCCUGAGAUUGGAUUUCCGUUUCACCGUGGGUGAGGCGGAGAGGUUUGACCAAUGCACCGUCAAUCUGGAUCUUUCGAUCAAGAGGAAACUCGCCAGGGUUAGAGGAAGCAGCAAACUGAAAGACCCCACACAGAGGAACCCUUUUGAUGCUCUACCUAGACGACAGGUGAUCCACAUGAGUACAGACGGCAUCUGCGAAGAGAUGUCUCGGGUAGGUCUCUCUGACAAGUACGCAGAAGUGGUGAAGUCCAACCACCUGAAUGGGAGGGCUCUUCUGUUUAAUGACCAUGCAGACCUGAAAGAGGUGCUGCAGAUGACCCUGGGGGAGUGGACCACCUUCAAGAUGACCUUUCUCACCGGUAACUCCGAUACUGAAGGUUACGAGGAAAGCAGGCCAGCUCCAGCACAGCCUUGCAAGGCUAUCUGUCCAUCCAGUCCAGGCCAUGCUGCUGCAUGUAAAACAACCAAUGUUUAAGUGAAGAGGGAUGGAACCAAAACAUAGCUAGUCAUUUAACAUGUUGGGCUUCAACAGAUUAUCUCUGAUAGGGGUGGGUUUUAUAUAGUUAUAGUGUAGUGUAAUGAUAUACUGUAUACCCUUUUGAUAACCAUACAGUUUCAAAAACAUGCAAUCAGGAACUUUCUGACUGGAAUGCUGGAAUUUUCAAUCAUUCAGAACAAUAUUUCUGUCACCAAUAAAAAGACCAACAAGAUCAA